CCCGUUCAGAAUGUUGCGGCCGCUUUGAUACAUUUCAGCGUUCCAUUGAGAAAAAGUAGUGAUCCCGGCGCGUCUUCUCCGGGGGAGGCUGAGAGCGGAUCCGCCUGCUGCUGCCGCAGCGGUAUCCUUCCGGCACCUGAUCUACAGCACCAGAACCCUGCCGAUCGCUUGUCACUCUCCGUGCAUAGCCCAGGACUGGACUUCUCUAUAUGACACCCGAAUUGGGUCCAGGGGGCGCAACCGCAGAUUACACACCUGCAGGCGUUCCGCAUGAUACACAGGAGACGAGAGAGUUUGUGAGCUGAGCUGGUGAGGGCACCUUGUUCUAUGGACCCAUGCCACAGGCAUGAAUGGGAUCCCCUGGGCACUGACAUGAGAGGCGGCACUGCCUGCUGACCAUACCUCAAUUCCUGGCAAAUGCUCCUGCAAUAAACUGUAGGAGGGGAACUUAGGGUACCUACCACCCCUGGCAGAAGAGCCCAGUACCCUUCCCCUGGCCUGAAGCUCCGUCUGCUGCCCAAGCAAAGGACUGAAGUGGGCAUGAGGACUGUCUGACCCUCCCUGCCCAUCCCAGAGAGAUGUCCAGGCGAAAACAGAGUAAUCCCAGGCAGAUCAAACGUUCUCUUGGCGACAUGGAAGAGACAGAUGAAAACUUACAAGCAGAGUUUGCCCUUUCUGAAAAAGAUGGAACCAAUUCAGACCCAGAAGAAUCAGCGGACUGCAGUUCUUCCAGUGCAUCGAACAGCGACUGCGCAGAAGGAGAGCAAUGCAGCCCGGUGCCGCAGUCAUUGGACCAAGCGAUGGAAGAACCAGACCCAGUGCCGAAUGUGUGUGAGCUGGCGGAGGAAUCUUCCCCCUCAGGUGUCCCAGUGCUCCAGUCUCCAGCGUGUGAAGACAGCCCGACUUACAAAGCCCCUGAGUCCCCAUCCAGUAUGGAAAACAUGGAGGAGCCCCUGAGGUGGAACGGUCCAGAGGAGUUGGUUUUGGAGAUCCCAUCACCUGACGGAGUCAGUCUGGUUCGAGCAGAGAGCAAUAUCCUUAAGGGCUUUUCUUGGGGGCCGUACAGAGGAAGCUUCAGCGGUGCCGCAUCUUCUCCAGACCGGACAGACAUGAAUGGCUCCCUGUCUCUGGAAGUGGAUAGUGACUGCUGGCUGAAGAAUCUGACUCUCGUCACUUGUGAGCUAGAAGCCAACUCUGUUAUAUAUCGGAAAGGUGACCAGAUCUGGUGCAAGACCUCACAAGACCUUCAACCAGGGGAUGUCAUCAAAGCCUUCCUUAUGGCUGAACCCCAGGCCAUCCCCAACUUCAAAAUAAAAGAGGAGCCCUGCGAACCCUCCCAGGAGACCCCCAUCCACACAGAAUUUCCACUGCUCCCCCAACAAGCCGGCAUGGCUUCCAUCCUGGCUACAGCAGUUGUGAACAAGGAUGUAUUUCCCUGCAAGGACUGUGGCAUCUGGUAUCGCAGCGAGCGGAACCUGCAGGCACACCUUAUGUAUUAUUGCGCCAGCCGUCAGAGCUCAACCUCCCCGUCAGUUGAAGAAAAGCCUAAAGACUCCUACCCCAAUGAGAGGAUAUGUCCCUUUCCCCAGUGCAAGAAAAGCUGCCCAAGCGCAAGCUCCCUGGAGAUUCACAUGAGGAGUCACAGCGGCGAGAGACCGUUCGUGUGCUUGAUCUGUCUGUCCGCGUUCACGACCAAGGCAAACUGUGAGCGUCAUCUGAAGGUUCACACAGACACCCUGAACGGUAUGUGCCAUGGAUGCGGCUUCAUCUCCACCACCCGGGACAUUCUCUAUAGCCACCUAGUGACUAAUCACAUGAUCUGCCAACCAGGAGCCAAGGUUGAUGCGUUUCCUCUUGUAAAAACACUACCUACAGUCAAGUCUGUUAACUCUGCAGUAAAUCAGGGCUCGUCCGCCACUCUUUUAAAGUGCAGCUUGUGUGGAUUUUUAGCGGAUGGACUGGCCAGUCUGCAACAACACGCCAUACUGCACACUACAUCUCCCAUCCCCAUCACUGCACAGUCCGCCCAGUCCCCACCGGGUUCAGAAGCGGAGCAGCCUCCUGAAGUCCUGAAAAAUGGUGACAGGACAUCUCCAGCCUCAUCUUUGUCAGGAAGUGAGGAACCUCCACUCAAAGUCAAGAUUAAAGAAGAGCCCGAACCAUUGCUGCCCAUCACUGAAUCUGGUGCUGCCAGCUCUGAUACCACUGAUGCAGCGGCACUGGUGCCAUCUCCAGCUAUCAAAAUAAAGACUGAAAUCUCCAGCCCCACACCUGGGUCCAGUCCGGUCCCUAAUGAAUCCGGAGCAGCAGCCGGUGGUGGUACAGUCAUCAUGCCACACUAUGUCUUUGGACACGAAGCAGCUCCUGCCAUUGUACCACAAGCUUCCGAGAUCCUGGCAAAGAUGUCUGAGCUGGUCCACAGCCGGCUGAAACAAGGCCAAGCGGCAAGUCCGGCUGGCUUUUCAGGGAAUGCAGCGCCCAAGGGUGCAACUUGUUUUGAGUGUGAAAUUACCUUUAAUAAUAUCAAUAAUUAUUAUGUGCACAAGAGACUUUACUGCUCGGGGAGGCACGUGUCAGAGGAUAGCCCUGCCACUGCCCGCAAAAUAAAAGUGACACCCAUACGAGCCACAGUGGCCCCUGGCACUUCUACUUUACCAGCUGUAGAUGACCAAGGGACAAUCCCACCCCAGGAAGAAGCUGGAGGAGAAAGCAGCGCUCCUGUAGUAUCCAUUAAGGUUGAAGAGGGUGUUGGAACAGAGAGUGAACCCACAGGGAGUGGACAUGUUAGUGAAGGUAGCCAGAGUCCUAGCUCCUUAGAUGACACAGAUGAAGACCCAACACGCACUGUGUGUGAAGCGUGCAACAUCCGAUUCAGCAGACAUGACACCUACAUGGUGCACAAACGUUACUACUGCGCCUCACGCCAUGAUCCUCCCCUUCGCCGGCCUGGCAUGAACAAGCCAGGGCUGCCGUACACACCUCAGCCCACCCCACGAACACGCAAACGACGAAAGCUUUAUGAAAUUCAUGGAAUGCCCACAGCAGAGGUGACUCCUUCAGCAUUGCUUUCGCUAAACCGAAUAGAGGUGCUGCCCAUGAUACAAGGCCUCAUAACCGCUCCUGCCGUACCCUCUCCAAGCUCCAGCCCCGAUGAUGCUGAUGGACCCAUAGAUUUGAGCAAGAAACCUCGUCUUCUGGUGGACACUCCGGUGCCAUCUCCCGCUGCAGCAGUGGUCCCAUUGACAGACUACCAUGAAUGCACCGCCUGCCGCAUCAGCUUCAAUAGCCUUGAAAGCUACUUGGCACACAAGAAGUUCUCUUGCCCUGUGGCUCCUUUACAACAGAAGGCUCUGCAGCAACUUCAGAAAAUGAAAACCUCUGUCAACACAGCUGCAAAGAUCGGGGAAGACCUAGUGAAGGUGAAAGUAGAGAGACGAAGUCCAGGAUCCGUUAAUGAGUCCACCCAGUCUAUUGCCAUGCCCUUCACCUCCAUUCCAGACACUAAACCCAUUCUGCAGUACCCGACUGCAGCAGAGGCAUCGCCAUCUUCUACAGCCUCCUGCCCCUACUGCCCUCCAAACGUGGUCAUCCGAGGAGACUUGCUGGAACAUUUGAGAGGUGUCCAUGGUCUGCUCUUGGCAAAAGCCACCCCAGGUCACCGCCUACAAGGCCCAUUCACGGAAGUGGUCCUAGCUGCACGAGCGCAGCCAGGUACUGCAUCAGAGGGCAGCUUGCCCAGUCCACCUGUCUCAUCUGCUUCUCCAUUGCAAAUGCCCAGAGACAAUGCAAACAGCAAGGAUGGUUCGUCAUCGUCCUCUGCCAGUGGAAGUCCGGUUUCAAACUGCACUCCAUGGCCAGUGUUAACCAGCACCCCCCGUCCUCUGUUGCCCAACUCUCCAGCCCUUCCUUUAAAUUCUUUGGUGGAAACUCGAAGAGAAGAUGGACUCAGGGCAACCACCCUCACUCUCCUGCCUGGGGAUAAAGCAAUGCAGUCUCCGAAGCUCGGCCUGGCCACUCCAUUGCCAAAUGGCAACCACAGAUAUUGUCGCCUCUGCAACAUCAAAUUCAGCAGCCUGUCCACAUUCAUCGCCCAUAAAAAAUACUACUGUUCAUCGCACGCAGCGGAGCACGUGAAAUAACCGGAAACAGGGACUUUGCUUGAAUUUGUUGCAAAGCACUAGAAUCACCUAGCAAUUGGGGGACAUUGAGGGUCGUUGUGUCCAGGGGUCUGUGCUACUUCAAUUGCAGCCACAGGAUUAAAGAAUUAUUAAUAAAAGGAUCUGCUGUCAUAUUGACACUUAGAAUGAAUCUGUGGCACGGCCGGGAAGUAUGGCCGCCGUUCUGCUUCACAAGACUCUGUAGAGAGCGCAUAUCCCAAGAGGAAAGGCAUCGAGGUGCGCUGCCGCCUGUGCCCGCAGAGGGGUACACAGGUUCACCCCCCUCAUCUGUUCAGUGACAGCAGGACGUGUUUCAGUCCGGGUGUCACCCACGCAUUUCAGAAUUGCACUGUCUGUCACUAUGACACCGAAAACCUACAAGACUGUCGGUCCAGAUCAUGUGGUGAAAGGACGCCUCCUGAUUCUGAAGCACCAUAACUGUUACAGAAGGCACCUGUGUCUUUGUUACAGGGCAGGGGAAGGGAAUACCUUUUUUAGUAAGUUAUUUUUAAGAUGUAUUUAAAACUACAAAGAAAAAAAAUUACAAUUUUCUUUCUUUUUAUAGUGAAAAGUGCAGAAAUUUGGAAAAAAAAUUGAAUGUUUCCAGGGGGGAAAAAUGUUUUAUUAGGGGAGGGGGGGGGAGGUGUAAGGUAUUUCCUAUGGGACACGUUUUUUAAGGUUUUGAACAGAACACACAUCAGCCCAAGACUAUGCCUAUGAAAACUUCAUGGGGGAGGGGGAUAUUAAGGCAGAACAUGAGGUGUGGGUGUAUUGUCUGGGAAGCAUUGCCGACCCCGACACGUGUUGUUUCACUUUGUGUCCCGAUACCGUUUGGUGCAUUCAUUCCUUUUUUGCGACACUGGUUGUCAGGUACUGCAGCAUGGCAGGUGCUGGAAUGUCAAGGAAACUUUCACUUGAAGCCCCCCUAUUGAGGGUAAAUGGUGUAUCCCCAUAGAGAUGACGGGGGUAGGGCUGCGUUUUGGAAUGUUUCGAGUUAUGGCACUUAAAAGUUUACAAAGCGCAUUGCAUCCUAUGAUUGUGUCAUCGUUAAACCAUCAGGAGGACGCCACAGUAAUACAGAGGAGGGCUGGUUUUGCCCCCAGCUUCUGAUCCCUGCUCCGUUUUUUUUUACAUGGCAUUAUAUACGCGACGAGAACUGGAAAACAAAAGUUGUGUUUAAAAUAGUCCUGAAAUAUAUUUAUAUAUUAAUAUAGAGACGAGAGCACUGAUUUACAAAUAAAACACACGUUUCUGGUGACUAACGAGUGUGUAUAAUUGUGUACAGAAAUAAAGCCUGUGUAUAUUA